GGAUAUUUUUCUUUUUUCUCUUCACAGAUGAAAUAAAAGCAGGCACAUGUACAUGUAUCUUGAAGUGUAUGAAAAAUAAACAAGUUUUUCUUAAUAAAUGGAUUUCCUAUGACUGUUGACGAAAAAUAACGGAAAACAACUAGUGUAAAAUGGCAGAAAACAAGUUUGAGCAGAGGUGUGAGCACGAGUAUUGCACGAUGGGUGACACCAACCAGUAUGAAGUUCUGACCACUAAUUUGAAUUCCAAUGGAGAUUUUGAAGAGCAUAUAUGCAGAAAAGCAAAACGGAAGAACACUUCAAAGAUUUGUGUUAAAUCACUCGUCAUCUUCGUCGUCCUUGUUUUAGUCAUCGGCUGUACAACGAUGACUGUGUUAUAUCUUCAGGAAAGAAAUAAUAGUAGAGAUGAAAAAGACAACGCCCACAAGAUCGAAAUCGGUUCUAAAGGGGAAACUAGUGGUCAAAACAACAAAACUGCGGCUUGUCCUAAUGAACCCUUCAAAGAAAUGAAUUAUACCGCAGCAGGAAAAACAGGAAUUCAGGGACGACAGUUUUUGGUCUGUUUUACUGUCAAUCACCCUAAGGCCAGAUACCAAACCAGGACCAUAUAUAUUUUAUCGGAUGGAGAUUUUGAGUUUCAAAUAAUUUCGAAGUUUUCUACACAGCUAUUAAACGAAGUUGUUACACCAACGAUAAAUAUGAAAGAAAUUAGCGUUACAAGCGCGAUUGCAGUCUCAUAUUUCAAAAUCGAAGAAAAGGGAUUGUUGAUCGAGGCAACUAAGGAUGUCUCCGUUAUCACUAUAGACAAUUAUAUACAUUCAUCUGAUAGCACUGGCAUUUUACCAAUAAAGUCGAUAUCCAAUUCAUAUGUUAUUUCUUCAUCCACAAUUUUCAACGCAACUAUAGAAAGUUCACAGUUUGCAAUAUCCUCGCCAGAAAACGGUACUACAAUCAAAAUAUAUUUUCGCUUUUAUCCUGAUUUACCGAAAAAGAUAGAUGGGGUAACUUACCGAAAUGGCAGCGAAUUUAUUCUUGUUUUGAAUGAGCUCCAAACGUAUCAAAUAUGGCACAAUGUCGACAUGUCGGGAACAUUAAUUAAAGCAAGCUCUGCUGUAGCAGUUUUUUCUGGAAGUAUCUGUCUUAAAAUAGGUUUUAAAAACAGUAGUUAUUCUGGAGCUUACAGUAAGCUUGAUGAACAACUCCCACCAAUUGACAGACUGGAUAAAAUGUACAUAGUCCCACCUACCUAUAAUAGGAAGGGGACAUUCCUGAAAAUCAUAUCUCCUUUCCACACCCGCCUUACAUAUAAGAUAGGAAAUGAACAAAGAGAGAAAUUACUUCUUCCCAGCGGAUAUUUUGAAAUUGCAUUUUCGGAUAAGGACGUCGUUAUCAUAGAUUCAGAAAAGCCUGUUUUGGUCACCAGCUUUGCCACUGGGUCUGAUUAUACAGGUGACCCUUACAUGAUAACUGUACCAGGAAUAAGACAGUACACGGAUAAAUAUAUAGUGAUGGUUCCUGAAAACUUCAAAGAAAGCUACGUGGCUAUAAUAGUUGAGGGAAAAUCACUUUACAACUUGAUAUUAAACGAAACGAACAUCAUUUAUUACUUGAAUGACAGAAAAUUCUAUACAACCGUAACAUUCUGGAAAAUGGACUUUGUCGUGCUUGUUUUACCAGUAAAGGGUGGUCUUUUAAGAGUUGAGUCGACAAACAAUGCGGCGUUCGGUUUCAUCGUGUAUGGUCAUAGAAAUAACGAUGGACAUGGGUUUGCAGGGAAGGCAGUUUUGCCGGACGUGUGUGUCCCCUCCAAUUGAUAAUUCAAUUUCUUUUAUUUUACUCUUUUCAUUUUUUUUGAAUGUGGAAUAAUUGACCGGAAAAAAAUCGGUGUAUACCCUUUUAAUUCACCAUUAAAGUUUUGUUUUUAGUUCACCUGAGCUGAAAGCUCAAGUGAGCUUUUCUGAUCACCCGAUGUCCUUCCUUCUGUAAACUUUUAACAUUUUUAACUUCUCAAGAGCCACUGGGCCAAUUUUAAUAAAACUUGGGACAAAGCAUCCUUGGGUGAAGGGGUGUUUAAGUUAAUAAAAAUAAAGGGAUAAGUCCCUUCACAAGGGGAGAUAAUCAAGAAAAGGCAAAAAUGGGGCGGGUCAUUUAAAAAUCUUCUUCUCAAGACGCACUGGGCAAAAAAAGGUGUAUCUUAUAUGGAAAUAUCCUGGGGUACUUUAACUUUGUAAUUGAUAAAAUCAUGACCCCAUGGGGUAAAGUGAAGCCACAAUAGACCCUUUUCCUGUCACAUAUUUUGUCUAGGAGUUAUUCCCCUUAGCCGCCAUCUUGUAGGGCAAAGUAGUGAAUUUACCUCUUUGAGCAACCAAUUUUAAACAUGCAUGCAAGAAAUAUGUGGGGGAAAAUAUUCACAAUCUUAUAAUGAUGAAUUAAUAGAUGCUUUAACAAACGUAUAUUCAUAAGAAAAAUAGCAUUAUCUUUACCUCAUUAACCAGUAUAACAAAUUGUACUUGGUUGAAUAAUGAAGGGAUCUGGGAAUGUUGCCCUACAAUAUGGCGGCUAAGGGGAAUAACUCCUAGACAAAACAUGUCAUAGGAAAAGGGUCUAUAGGGAAUCUAAGUUUUACAAAAAAAAAAAAAAUAUAUAGGAUUAAAAAAAAAAUCUUCUCAAGAACCACUGCACCAGUGAGCUAAGGCUACAUAUGGAGGUUUCUAUGCAAAAUAUUUAUUAAAUUCCAUAAUUGCUCUACCUACCGUACAGAAAAUGUUAAGACUUGUUUUCUAAUACAUUCUUGGUACCAAAGAUAUGCAAUAGCCAGUACACAUUGUGACGUCAUCGACCUCUACUGCACAAGUUUAUAAGAAACAUCAACAAAAUCGCUUCGGUGCAAGGGCAUACCUUUCUUUGAUUUACAGAAACAAGUAUAAAAAGACGCUGGAUAUUCCAAAGAUUUAAGAUAUUGCUGCACAAAUGUCGACACUAAAUUGUUUAGAUACUAUUCAUGCAGAUUUAAGUUUAAACAGGGUAAAAAUUCACAGUCUAGUGUAUGUUUCUUAAAAUUUUCAUUGAUUGAGAAAGUGUAUAGGAUUUGUGCAGCAAUUUUAUUAAUUUUUUAGAAUAUUCUCCGUAAUAUUAUACAUUGUUUAUUUUAAAUUAGAAAGGUGCCGACGUGAUUUUUUUGAUGUGAUUUAUUACCUUGAAUGGGAGAGAACAAUGACAUCAUAAUGUGCACUUGCAUUAAUAAACUGUGGGUACUAAGUAUGUAAAAGAAAAUCAAUUUGAACUUUAUCUGUAUAUAAAAUAUACAAUUUAUAAAUUUUUAUAAGCUCAUUUGCAUAAAAAUAUCGAUAUUUAGCCUUAACUCACUUGCGUGGGGCAUGGAAGCCCAAACUAGUAUGUGAGCAUCGUGGGUUAGUGUAGAUUCUAAAUUGUUAAAAUCAUGACCUCAUGGGGUAGGGCGGGGUCACAUUAGGGAAUCCAAGUUUCACAUAGAAAUAUAUAGGAUUUUUUUUUUCAAAAGAUUCUUCUCAAGAACCACUGGACCAGGAAUGCUGAAACUUAUGUUGAAGUAUCGGGGCCACAAUAGGGGAUCAAAGUUUAACAUAGAAAUAUAUAGAAAAAAUCUUCUCAAGAACUUCUGGACCAGAGAAGCUGACACUUAUGAGGAAGCAUAAUGGAGUAUUGUAGAUUCUAGUAUUGUAUUAAAAUCAUGACAGGGGAGGGGGUCGCAAUAGGUAUAACAAGAAGGGAAAUCUGAUAAAGAACUGCAUAACCAAAGUUACUCAGGUGAGCGAUGUGGCCCAUUUGCCUCUUAUAUUUCAUUUAACACUGAGAGUCUUGCGCUGUACAUGUAUGUUCCUUAUUUUGAUGCGUUAAUUUGAAGACAAAAUCUUUAAUUGUUGAUCGUCAUUACUGUAUAUAAAAUUAAAUCAUAUUUAAUAAUUAUUACAUGUGCAUGUAUAAUCAGUUAUCUUUGUACUCCAGAAAUAAAAACGGUGUUGCUUUAAUUAAAAUUCAAACAA